UUUCUGAACAUUUCUGAACGAUACCAAGUGGAAUGGUUAUGUCACAAUUAUUUCUUUGAAGAUUUUGUUUUGAUCUAAAAUUGGGGUGUCUUGCUAGUGGCUGAUACCUCUGGCCACCAUGGCUACGUUGGUAAGGACCGCAGUGGUUAAGGUCCUAGGUCCUGCUCAAGGAGGCAAAAUAGCGGCUUGCACCUUCGUGCAGCACCGAGGAAUCGCUGGGAAAGCCCUCAGGGACUCGCUGCCCCCGCCGCCGCCGAAGCCUGCGCCUUUUGACUAUGAGAAUAAGGACUACACUUGGUUGAGGAGUCUUUUCGACCGCACCACUCACCGAUUCGAUGACAACUCGAAGGUCAUCGUCGUCGAGGGCCCCGUGGCCGUCGGUAAGACGGAGUUCGCUGCAGCCCUGGCCGAGGACCUCGGCAUGAAGCACUUUAAAGAAGCGAACAUGGACCACCACUACAAACGGCCUAACGGUUGUGACUUGCGCAUGUUCGAUGAUCAAAUACCAGAAGACUGUAGAACUUUCGACCACGUUAACUUCAACCAGUGUCCGAACCACCGUUUGGCGGGUAACUUCCAGAUUAUGACAUACAGCGCUCGAUACAGCCAGUACAUUGAUGCUUUGGCCCACUUAUUUAACACUGGCCAAGGAGUUGUACUGGAGAGGUCUCCGUACUCUGACUUCGUGUUCUUGGAAGCGAUGCUCUCGCAGAACUACAUCAGCAAAGGGGUGAAGUCUGUGUACUAUGAGCUGAGGAACGCGACGAUUGAGGAGUUGCUGAGGCCUCACCUUGUGAUCUAUUUGGACCUGCCUGUGGAUGGUGUGGUGAAAGCGAUCAAGCAACGUAACUUGGAACACGAAGUGCGUGGUAAGGCCCUCACUCCAAAGUUCCUCACGGAAGUGGAGAAACAAUACAAGAGCAAGUAUCUGCGAGACAUCUCCACGCAUGCCGAGCUCCUGGUGUACGACUGGAGCGGUGGUGGCGAGGUUGAUGUGGUAAUCGAGGACAUCGAGCGUCUAGACUUCGAUAAGUACACCGAGCGCGAAGACCCCAAGAUGAAGGACUGGCGCUUCCCGCGCGAGGUGGAGUACUCAGACAAGCGCAUGCUGUACACCAACAACAAGCAUCUGCUCAUGAAUUUGUUUGCUAUUCCACGGACCGAUGUCCCCGAGCUCAUCACUAGCGCUGAGGACGCUUACGAGCGCGAUAAGGUGAUCUCCAGCCACCCAGCGUUCGAAUACACAGAAGGCUACACGUCGCGCGACUCCGGCACUCUCUUCAAGAACAAGUUGCCCAAGUAUUCCGACUGCAUCUAGUGGGAUACUAAAAUAUUGUAGAAUGUGCAUUAUUUAAUAAAUAUUCUAAAUGGUUA